AUAUGGCUGGUCAGUUUCGUAUAUUACAAAACAGAUUACAAAACAUGUACAGUUUACAACGUAACAAUGAGAAACAUGAAACACCGAAUACGUGGACUGCUAAGAAGUACUACAGUACUAUUAAGAAUUGUAUUCGGCAACAUCAAACGCUGAUCAUGCACUCCAACGAGCUUGAAGAAAUCUUUAGCCCGAUUAUACUUGCGCAAGUGUUGGCAUUUAGCUUACUGAUUUGUCUCUCUGGAUAUCAAAUAGUACUGGCUGAUCUGUCUUCGAUCAGACGCUGCACGUUCGUGGCCCUAUUGAUAUCAACUAUGUGUCAGCUAUUCAUGUUCACGUACAGUUGCGAUUGUCUGAUACAAGAAAGUUCAGGGGUAUCCGGUGCAGUAUACGCAGGCGUCUGGAUAGAAUUGCCGAUGGACAGAUUUGGAAAACUUUUUCGAAAGGAUCUGCAGAUGGUCGUAAUGAGAUCAAGGCGACCUUGUUGCCUGACUGCCAAUAAAUUCUUCGCGGUUUCAUUGGAAACUUACACUAGCAUGAGCGUUUACAUGGUAUUCAACAUUUUGUACGUUAACAUGAUUAUGGUCAAAACAGUGACCUUCGCUAUAAAGAAACAGAAAUUUCUUAAUUUGAUCCAGUUUAUGCGAAAGUACUUCUGGCAUACAAACUACACUCCGUACGAGCAGGCAAUCUUCAACAGAUGGAAACGUAUCUGCCUCUGUUUCAUUGCUUGCUUCGUCUUUUUCACUGAUAGUGCAGAUCUCAGUCUCAUCGUAGUACCGAUUAUAGAUAAUAUUGGAAAAAAUGAGUCAGAAAGGGUACUCCCAUUCAACGCAUGGCCAAAUUUACCGAGUCCAUACUUCGAAAUAGCAUUCAUGUUGCAGGUUCUCCUCAUGUUCAACCUAAACGCAUGUUACGUGUCUUUCGAGAACUUCUUUUGCAUCAUAAAUCUACAUAUGGCCGCUCAAUUUCGUAUAUUACAAAACAGAUUGCAAAAUAUAAACAGUUUACAAAUUAACAAGAAACCGGAUACGUACACUGCUCAGAACUUCUACAACGCGAUGAAAAAUUGUAUUCAACAACAUCAAUUGCUUGUCAUAUAUUCCGGCGAAAGUGAAGAAAUCUUUAGUGUGUUUAUUCUGUGGCAAAUAUUAACUUUUAGUGUGCUGAUUGGUAUGUGUGGGUUCCAACUGUUAGAGGUCGAAGAUACUUCGGUCAGCCGCACAACGCUUGUGGCCGAGUUGGUAGGGGUCCUGAUCCAACUAUUCAUGUUCACGUACAGUUGCGAUUCUUUGAUACAAGAAAGCACUGCAGUCUCAGAAGCAAUCUACACAGUCGCAUGGGCAGAAUUGCCGAUGGAUAAGUUUGGAAAACGUUUUCGAAAGGAUUUACAGUUCAUGGUAAUGAGAUCGAGACGACCCUGUUUCCUGACUGCUGGUAAAUUCUUCAUGGUUUCAAUGAAAACCUACAUCAACAUACUGAGCUCGGCAAUGUCAUAUUUCAGUUUAAUAAGACAACGCACGAGUAAUAUUUAA